GAACCGCCGCAUAAUGAAAUCAGACAAAACAUGAGAAAGAUUCAGAGGUAAUGUCUCUUAUCCGAAACCCUAGAUCUUUCACCGGUCUUUUCAAUUGGGUACCUCAAGUUUCUGUAGAAACCCCCUUUAAAACCCAACCUCCAGGAAUCCCUAGAUUUUUCACCACCCGAAGAACAAUCGAUGCUGAAGUUUCCGGCGAGAAAUGGACCGUUAGACCCCGUGCUGUGAUUCGGAAAAUGGCCCAGGUCGCGAUGUUUGAUUACUUCUAUCACAACAGGGGAUUGCAGUUUCUGGUUGCCGAGAGUAUGAGCAAGAACGCGCCUGUUUUCAAUGAUAAUCUUUUGAAGAAGCUAGAUGUUGAUGCUGAUGCUGGUGAAGAUUUAGUCAGAUCCAUCACCAGGUUUCUGUGGUUUCACCCUGUGAAUGAAUUCGAGCCGUUCCUCGAGAGUUUAGGCCUGAAGCCGUCUGAGUUUAGUCAUCUGAUUCCUUGUGACAAGAUGUUCUUGAAUGAAGAUGCUUUUUUGCUGGAGAAUUACCAUGUCUUUUGGAACUAUGGGAUUGGUAGGGAGAAGAUGGGGAAGAUCUUCAAGGAAGCUAGGGAAGUUUUCGGGUAUGAAACUGGGGUUUUAGCUUCAAAGAUUAAGGCUUAUGAGGGUUUGGGGUUUAGCAAAUUGUUCCUAUCCAAACUUAUCGUUUGUAGCCCGAGUAUCCUGAUUGGGAAUACGAAUGUUGAACUGGCUAAAGUCAUGGAGAUGCUGAGAUCUAUGGGGUUUGGUCUCGAUUGGGUAACAGAGAACUUAUCAGAGGAAGCAUCUUAUGAUUGGAGCUCUAUGCAUAGGUGUUUAAGCUUUCUUAGAGAUCUGUGUGUUGAUGAGGAUGAGUUACGUGAGUUAAUCAAGGAGCGGCCAAGACUGAUAUUCGAGAACUCAGGGGAAUGGACUCUGAUCCUAGCUGGGUUUCAAACGAAGUUAGGGUCGUCCAGAAGUGAACUCUCUUCGUUGUUCCUGAAACUCCCGAAGAUUCAGGACUUAGGGAAGUGUGUUUCGAAUCUAAGGCAUUGCUUCUUGUUCCUCAAAGAUAUCAAGAUGAAGGCUGAUGAGAUCGGUGAGGUUUUCCGUUCUCACUCUUCAUGGCUUGGUGUAUCUCGUUUGAAGCAAACAAGUACCUUUCUUAACACAUUGAAAGGUGGGAAAAAACGGCUUUGUGAAGUCAUUCAUAAUAACCCUGAGGAGAUGAAAAAAUGGAUUAAAGGGUCAAGAGUCCAGCCGCUACCGGGAACCGGAGUGGACACAAAGUCGAAAGCAAUGAAGAUUCAGUUCUUGUUGGACCUUGGAUACAAGGAAAACUCAGAGGAAAUGGAGAGAGCACUGAAGAGUUUCCGUGGGAGAGGAUCUGAACUCCGAGAGAGAUUUGAUUUUCUUGUGAGUUUGGGUUUGAAUGAGAAAGAUGUCAAAGGUAUGGUGAAAGCAUCUCCUGGUAUUCUCACUCAGGCAAGUGAUGUCCUAGAAAGAAAGGUUAACUACCUUGUAGACGAAUUAGGUUACCCGCUUUCGUCUUUGGUGACUUUCCCUUCGUGUCUUAAGUACACUCUUCAGCGGAUGAAGCACAGAUUUGCAAUGUUCUCUUGGCUUCAAGCCCGAGGAAAGGUAGACUCGAAGCCUGCAGUAAGUACUAUACUUGUGUACUCGGACAAGACCUUUGCGACUAGGUUUGUAAACCGUCACCCGGAUGGUCCUAAGCAUUUUGAGGAUUUGAAGAAACUGCUUCUUUGUGAGUAGAAGCAUCAAGAUAUAGGAGUGACAACAACAGUGCUCUUUGAUCAAGACAAUUUUGUGGAGCAGUAACUUCAAAUCUCUCCACUUUGUGUUUUCCCCAUUAGCAGAUUUGCUAUGUAUGUUUUCACAAGUUCAAUAGCAAUUUUGUAGAGAAAAACUAGUCAAGGGAUGAAAUAAAAAUUGGUACU